UGUAUCGGUAGCCGUGGCCGGUGUAACACUGUCGGUCGGACGGCCGCCGACUUCCUUCCGAGGGACUCUCUCUCUCCUCGCUCGUUCCCGGAUCGUAGAGACCGACUUCGUUUUGCUCGACGCUCGUGUUUUAUGAAAUGGGGUGGGCAGUUGGAUCGUUUUUGGUGACGGAGCAGAUGUGUAGUACUACUGAGUGACAGCCCGGAUUUGAGCUGAAUUAUUAUCCCGAUCUCGUCACGGAAUGAACUUCAGUUUAACUCGAACCUUCUCCGUCAGUGAUUCGCGACGAAGGAAUAGAAUGCGAGAAGGUGAGAUAAAUACGUGAAACAGUUAAGCGGACCUUUGAAAAAGAAAGAUGCCGGUCAUAGGACCUUAAUUUUUUCGGCUGUCGGCUCAGGCUGCGUUACCAAAUCGAGCCGGGUCCUUUCUGGCCGAAAUGUUCCCUCCUCUUCAAAAACCGGCCAUCGACAGAAAGUUAGGCCACUGUUACGUCCGUCGUAUGAAGAGUUCAAGAUGAGGAAAAUAGCCGCCGUGGAUGUUAAACACGUGAGGUCACAGGAAAGAUAUCUGGAUUAACGGUGAAAUUAUUAUGAAAAUAUCAGUGAAAUAAAUUUUUUUUCUUCGACUUUGAAAUUCAGGGAUAUGAUGAACAUCAUCAACCAGGUGCUGUUUUAGUCUCUCUUGAGGCUUUGUGCUUUCACUGUGUUCUUCUCCUUCUUCUGAAAAUGAUGAGGAUUUCAGGUCUUUCUCUGAUUACAUUUGCAUCAUUAGUUUGUGAUAUAUCGAGGUGCUAACAUGUCUGGAUUCAUACUAGCGUCACUUAUUUGUUUUUAUUGAAAAAAAACGUAGCAUUACUUAGAAUCCUCAACUUUUCAAAUUCUCUGUAUAAUCUUUGAAGAAUGUGUGGGAAAGCAGUUUUGACCUCAUCUGCCCUCAGAGAGUUCCAUAUUUCAUCGCCGGAGUUAAGUGUGCCUUUACCCAAAUACAAAGCGUAACCGUCGAGAGAAAAAAAUCUAUUUUAGAUUCUCUUUUCGAAAAAACAAACUAAUUUUAAUAUUCUGGAAUCUCUAUCCCAUUAGCCACUUAUUGCAAAACAAUAUCCGAUGUUUUUAAUUGCUGUGGAUCAACUUACGAGCAACGUUAUCAUAUUCGAAUUUUUGUCACUGUUCGGAGUCCAUGCAUCUUUUUUUAUUUCCGGGUAUCGUACGACUGACUGGCGAGGAGUACUAAUGCAGUUGCGAAGGCAAGAAAUUGGCUGAUUGUGUUAAUUGUUUUUAUCAUUUCCUGAAAUUCGAAGGAGUCUGCCAGUCACUCUGAUCAGGAAAUCCACUAAGUAUCAACGGAAAUCAUGAGUUUUCUAGCCACCGUCUUCCACGCGAUCGAAAAUGACCUCGGUUCAACAAAAACUCAAAAGGUCCAAUUCGGUGUGAGGGACCUCUAGACCGUUCAAGAAAAUGAUUCCAGCAGAACUUUUUUGUUGGUGUUGUGGUACGUGAGAAUAGAAUGCACUGUGACAAUGCAUUCGGUGACUGACAGCGUUUUCCAGAGUUGAUUUUUUCCCAGAGCAGAGAAUCCUAAAAUAAAUGAAUAAAUAAAUAAAUAAACAAAUAGAUAAAUAAAUAAAAGUGUCGCAGCAACCACAGCGGAAUUCGAUCUCUGACGAAUGCAAAAAGGAAAAAAUGAGCGACGAAUUCCAAAGAAAAAAAAUGAGCCAGUGAAAAGAAAAAGGGGGAAAAGAGAAAGAAUAAGAGAAAGGAAAAGGAAAGAAAAACAAAAAGCAAGGAAUAACAACAUCUGGUUUUAAGGUUUUCCCAUAUCACCACCGUCGUCCAUCUCUCGCAAGCCAUAAUGUUCAACAACAAAGUGAUCUCUGUUCUUCCAGUUGUUGUUCUUGUUCUGCUCACUGUGGCACCUGUUCUCCUCCCCGUUUAUGGGGAAGCCCACCGGAUGUCAGACGGUAGCGACAGGGCGUGUCCCGUAUGCCCGUAUUUUAUUAAUACCCAGACGAACGUCACAGCGCCUCAGGGUAUGUCUGCCAACCUCACCUGCGGAGUCAGGAACUUAUCUGACAGAAAGGUCUCGUGGAUCAGACGCAGGGAUCUGCACGUGCUAACUACAGGGGCCUUCACUUACACGACCGACGUCAGGUUCCGGGUCCUGCACCUGGAAGGGUCCCCGUACUGGACGCUGGAAGUCGGGUCCCCCACCGUCAACGAUUCGGGGGUCUACGAGUGCCAGGUGUCGACUCAGCCCAAAAUAUACCGAAGGUUCACCUUAAACGUUAUUGUUCCUAGGGCGGAGAUCACGGGGACGCAGCAGAUUUUCAUGAAGGCAGGAAGCGACAUCAACAUCACCUGCGUGGUGGCGGGCGCUGUGAGAGGAGCCAGCGUCAAGUGGUACCACGUCCUCCCGCAGCCGCGCAAUGGCGUCUCAACGAUCGAGAUCAACAUAGGCGAGAGAGGGGGCGUUCAGCUGGUCACCGACAAGAACGAAGGAACGAGCUGGCUGCUGGUCACUCACGCCACCUGGAAGGAUGCCGGGAACUACACCUGUGCACCUGCCUACGCCAGGCCCGCGUCGGUCUCCGUGCACGUUCUAGACGGCGUUCUGGUUGCAGAGGAGACGCCGGCAGCCAUGCAACACGACCUCCUGCAGCCGAGUUCGGGAAGCCACCGCCUCUCACCCGUCCCCCCGGGCUUCCUACUCGUCUCGUGGCCCUGAUCCAGGCGCUGCUGCUGCUCUUCUCCCACGGGGGGAGCGCCGCGCCCGACGACAGCAGCAGCGCAGCGGCGGUGGCUGCGGCGGCUAGUGGCUCCACUGCUCUUCUCGCCGUUGCGUCAGCAGCCACGAAGGGCGUCGUCCUCCUGGCGACGGCUCUGGAGUUCGCCUCCCUCUGGGGCGGUUCGAUGGGCACCGCGCCCGCCGUCGUCGGUCCCAGACGCGUGGUGACGAGGAGGGCGGCGGCAAUGACGACGAUGAUGAUGUCUCCGUCGGCGCCUUCGGCAGUGUUCUUUCCUUUGCCUUUCUUCGAUGUAAAUAUAUCUGGAUUAUUUCCGCGACAGCUGAAACAGGCGCUAUAAGGGCGCGUUGAUCUAUCGUGUGUGUGUGUGCGUAUGUGCGCGGAUGUUUGUGCGUGUGUUGGUGACUACUCACUCAACUAUUUUCUUAUACGUGACGGAGAGAUUUCCCGGCAGUUGUCGUGUCGAUGUGAGGGAGUUAAAUGAUAUUUAUUUUUGACUUCGAAAAAGAUUCAGGAUCUUCGGAUGAUUGAAAGAAAAAAUAUAAAUAAAUAAAAAAGUAACAAGAUGGAUGUGUCAACUUAGAUGUACUGAGACUGAUAAUAAAACAAAAAAGGUUUUGUUUAUCUCGUGGUGUUUGGUCUUCAUCAUCAUCAUCAUAUUCGUGGAGGCUGAUUUGAAAAUAUACGACGAUAUAUUCUCCUAUGACCUUGGGUUUUUUUUUGUGUUGAAUAACAUUUUACAAAGCUUUUGCCAAUCAGAGAUGAGUCAAAUAUUUUAAUUUGUAAAAUACUUAACCUACAGUUGUGUGACUAUCUGUCUAUCUAUAUAAAUGAUUAUGUUACACACACAGGUAUACACACACAUA